UGAUGCUGCUGCGGUCAGAGCUAACAUGUCGGUACCAUGACGCUGAUCAAUCCUGUGUCUGUGAACAUGUUAACAUCAGGAUGUGAUGUUUACAUGUGCAAACAGAAGACGUGUCAUCACACUCACUUCCUGGAUCAUCGCUGAGACGAGCGUCAGGUGUCACUUCCUGUUCCUGUUUGAGGAGUUUUUGGAAUCUGAAGUUUCAGCGAUGAGUCAUCGAGGAGCGAAUGAGUCGUUCACUCACUCAUCGUCACUCGUUGAUAUCUUCCGUCUGAACGCCGCUAGUUUCAGUGUUUGUGUGUUUGUGGCCCAGAAGAACAAAACCAAGUCGAGGUCAAAGUCCAGCUGACGGACAGAGACGAUCCACAGACGCCACAAACAACAAGAACCUUUAUCUCAAAGAAACGUUUCCUCUCGGUCGGGAAAUAAAAUCUGAACAACAGAAGAAAAUCGGAGACGUCUGUAGAAACGUCGGGAUCUAAGAUCUGACUCUUCAUGGAUUCUACCUGAGGACGAGCCGCUCGGUCAGUCACAGACCGUCGGCCCAGCGGCGGCCAUCUUGGAGAGAGACACAGCUCCUCCAGCAGGGCCCCUCCUGAUCCGUCCCCGCUCCCCAGGCCCGGGGCCUCCUGCCGGGCGACAUGGAGCCCGGAGUCAGCCGGUUGCCUCUGCAGGUGCUGGGAGAGAACGAGGCGCUGCAGCAGUUCUUCAGUGAUCAGGAUGUGAGUGGCGUGUUGGACAGCUCUGUCGCCGUGGACACGAGCAUCCUGGAGCAGUACCUCGGAAACGACAUGGAUCCCAGCAACUUCAUGCUCCCUGAGUCUCCUCCUGACUCGAGCUCGGAGGCCUGUUCACCUCCUCAGAUACCAGACUUCCAUCACGAGCCGCCUCGUUGGUCCAACCAGCACCCCACCCGGCAGGCGUUUCUUCCCCCCACCCAAUCUGCCGCUUCUUCGUCCUGUUGCUUUAAGGAUCGUGGCCCCGCCCCCGGCCAUCACGACCUGCUGACCUACAAUCAGCUUCACAGUUUGGGCCUCACUAACACUUACAUCAAGUCUGGGACUCCGCCCAUCCCACCUGCCGCCCCUGCACACCUGCACCAGCACACACACCACUCACCUGAACACACAUGCUACCUGAGUCCAGAGAGCUGCCCGCAGGUGUGCACCCCCCCCACACCUCCUUCUCCGUCCCUACCUUCCUCCAACAGCUAUGCGACACCUCGCACCGGCCCGGUCCCACAGUCGAUCACACCAGCUUCAACCAGUUUGUCGGCCCCCACAGUUUACACCCACUCCUCAGAAAGUAAAAAGAGGAGGAGAUCUGAGUGUGAGGAACCGUCGUCAGGGAUCGAAGCUUCCAGCGGUGAUGUUGACGGGUCUUGCGGUGGAAGUGCAGGAAACAGCACAGGUGGAAUCGGAAUCAAUUUGGGAUCCUACCAACUUCUAACCUGGGAGCAUUAUAGACCAGGACAGUGGAGCACUUUGUACAACAGCAGCUACCAGACAAUGUCUCCUCCCGCCUUCCACGUUGACGCAGAUAAAGGCUUCAACUACUCUGCAGCUGACGAGGCCUUCAUCUGCCAGAAGAAGAACCACUUUCAGGUCACCAUUCACAUUGGUGUGGCCGCAGAGCCACAGUACGUCAGAACCCCCAACGAGACGCAGGAGGUCGACCACUUCCUAAUAAAACUGUUUGGGGUGAAGCUCGAAUCCCCGAGCCACCAGGUGACCAUUGAGCAGUCUCAGCCGGAUCGCAGUAAGAAACCCUUCCACCCUGUCAGGGUGAACCUUCCCGGAGGAAAGAUCUCAAAGGUCACGCUCGGCCGGCUGCACUUCGCCGAGACGACGUCCAAUAACAUGAGGAAGAAAGGAAAACCUAACCCUGACCAGAGGUACUUUCAGAUGGUGGUCGGCCUGUACGCUGCAGUGGGAGACGACACUUUCCUCCUGACGGCUCUGAUGUCCGAGAGAAUCAUCGUCAGGGCAUCUAACCCUGGUCAGUUCGAGAUGGACGGGGACGCCCUGUGGCAGCGCGGGGCAGUGCAGGACGCUGUGGUCUGUCAGGGUCGGGUCGGCAUCAACACCGACUGCCCUGACGAGGCGCUGGUCGUCUGCGGCAACGCAAAGGUGAUGGGCACCAUCAUGCAGCCGUCAGACUUGCGCGUCAAACAGAACAUUCAGGAGGUGGACUCUGAGCAGCAGCUGAGGAGAAUCACUCAGAUGAGAAUCGUUGAGUUUGAUUAUAAACCAGAGUUUGCGUCGACGAUGGGGAUGGACCACAUCCACCAGACCGGUAUAAUAGCUCAGGAGGUGAAGCAGCUGCUGCCGACAGCAGUGAAGGAAGUCGGAGACGUCACCUGCACUGAUGGAGAGAGGAUUCACAAUUUCCUCAUGGUGGACAAGGAGCAGAUCUUCAUGGAGAAUGUCGGGGCGGUGCAGCAGCUCUCCAAACUCACCGACAACCUGGAGACUCGAAUCAAUGACCUGGAGGUCUGGAACCGUCGACUG